AUGUCUGGUCAGUAUGAGGAGCCUGCGUUAGCGGGGAGUUACGAUGUUGUGGGGUCGUUUCCCAAAAGUUUUGGCUACGGGUCGGAGGAGGCGGACAUGGAGGAGAGCUCCUCAUCGGCGGAUAAACCCAGAAUACUGCUGAUGGGACUGAGGAGGAGUGGGAAGUCAUCUAUUCAGAAGGUCGUAUUCCACAAGAUGUCACCCAAUGAGACGCUGUUCCUCGAGAGCACCAACAAAAUCUACAAGGACGACAUCUCCAGCAGCUCCUUUGUCAACUUCCAGAUCUGGGACUUUCCUGGCCAGGUGGACUUCUUCGAUCCCACGUUUGACAGUGAGAUGAUCUUUAAGGGAACCGGCGCUUUGAUCUUCGUCAUUGACGCUCAGGAUGACUACGUGGAGGCUCUUGUGCGGUUACAUCUCACUGUAUCUAGAGCCUACAAAGUGAAUCCAGACAUCAACUUUGAGGUGUUCAUCCAUAAAGUAGACGGCCUGUCAGACGACCACAAAAUAGAAACACAAAGAGACAUUCAUCAGAGGGCCAACGAUGAUCUGGCAGACGCCAGCCUGGAGAAGCUUCACCUCAGCUUCUACUUAACCAGCAUCUACGACCACUCCAUAUUCGAGGCCUUCAGUAAAGUCGUCCAGAAGCUCAUUCCUCAGUUACCAACGUUGGAGAACCUUUUGAACAUCUUCAUAUCUCAUUCUGGGAUCGAGAAAGCCUUCCUGUUUGAUGUCGUUAGCAAGAUUUACAUCGCCACAGACAGCUCGCCUGUGGACAUGCAGUCCUACGAACUCUGCUGCGACAUGAUAGACGUUGUCAUCGACGUCUCCUGCAUUUACGGGCUCAUACAGGAUGGCAGCGGCUGUGCCUACGACAAGGAGUCUUUGGCUAUCAUCAAGCUCAACAACACUACAGUGCUUUAUUUGAAAGAGGUCACAAAGUUCCUCGCUCUCGUCUGCAUCCUCCGAGAGGAGAGCUUCGAGAGGAAAGGUUUGAUAGAGUACAAUUUUCAUUGUUUCCGUAAAGCCAUCCACGAAGUGUUUGAAGUGGGCACCUCACCGCAAGACGUCAGCUCGUCCAGCAACAACCUGACGGGCAGAAAGUACGCCUCGCUGAACGGAAGUGCUGUUUAAAGGGCGACAAGGGCCAAUCUUUGGUUUAGCGGGAGCACAGCGAGGCCGCACAAUGUGGAGGAAUAAUAAGAAAGCACACAAGGCCUCCUGUCGAACAAAUAGUGCAACUGAAUGUAAAUCAGUUACAGCAGCUGAUGAACUGAUGGACUAAAUCUGCCGCCCCCCCCUUGUGUUGUUCAGAUAUACUGUAUAUCCAGUAUCACAGGUGAUAAAUAUGCCAAAAAAAACUCAAGUAAUUCCUAUUUUUCUGCAUUUAUCCGUAUUGAGAUGUCAAAGAGUUGUGUCAGCUAUGUUUACCGUCUUUUCCAGUUAAUUCUCUGUAAAAAUACUCAAAGAGACGUCAGAGAGGUUUGUAACGCAGCGUUAAAGCUCCAUUGACUCAACCUCGAAACUUUAUUUCCAGUAACUACCCUUUACAUUCUACAACAGUAACAACUUUCUUUCAUGUUCCUGCUCAUUUUACCCUGAAAUAUUGAGUGCUGUAAGUGGGUUUAAUCCCCUGUAUGGAAAAGAAAAAGCGCAGUGUUUGUUCUGCGGUGUGUUUUCUGUUGAUAAUGACUCAUGCGACCAGUGACCGGUGCUCUGCUCAGGAUCUCCACAGACCAGAACUGUGCCAGUUACACCAUUAGGGAGCCUUGGUUGAUCAACAGACGAGAGCGACAGCAUGUUGGUCUUAAUGGAGUCUGGAAAUAACUGAUGAUGCCUUUCGCUCGGACCACCUGCUGACUGGUUGACUUUUUGUAGCGCUGAUGAACUUUUUGACCAAAUUUACUUUCAGUUUUCCAGCAGUUGUUUUUUUUUUUUUGCUUUUUGGUGCGAGUGUGUGUGUGUGUGUGUGUGUGUGUGUGUGUGUCUGACCUAAAAAUAAUAUGUCAGAGACCUCGAGGAUGUGUUUUUAAUUAUUGUACAUAAUUCUUUAAUAAAAUAUGUUUCAUAUUUUUGCUGA